AUGGAUAAUUCAGAGCGUAUGGAGCUAAUUUCUUGUGAUUCGAACUGUGACUCGGAAUCAGAAACUGAAUUAUCUGUAACUGAUAGUAGCGAAAGUUUACUAGAUGACCUGGAUAGUAGUGACUCUGAUAGUAGUACAGAUGGAAUCAGUCAAGCAAGACAAUUUUUUGAAAUUAGUUGUGAUAAUCCUUCGGAUCCGCCUCCUAGAUUUGCUUUCGCUGGAAUUCCAAAAAUUAACUUGGAUAUCGAUGAGACUAAAGGUAAACUUCAGUUCUAUGAUGCUUUCAUAGACGAUUAUUUGCUUGACCUGAUUGUUUUUGAAACAAAUAGAUAUGCUAAGCAAUGCAUAAAAAACAGUACACUUCGUAGGCAUUCCAGGAGCAAAAAAUGGACACCAACAUCGAAAGAUGAAUUACAUGUAUUUUUUGCUUUGAAUAUUCUGCAAGGUAUUGUAAAAAAGCCAGUUGUUGAGCAGUAUUGGAGCAAGAAGCAUUCAACAUCCACGCCAUUUUUCCAAAAGUGA